AUGGCACUGCCCCCCAGUCCCCUGGCUAUGGAGUAUGUCAAUGAUUUUGAUCUGAUGAAGUUUGAGGUAAAAAGGGAGCCCUCUGAGGGCCGAUCUGGGCCUCCCACAGCCUCACUGGGCUCCACCCCCUACAGUUCAGUGCCCCCUUCGCCCACCUUCAGUGAUCCCGGUGUAGUGGGGGCCACUGAGGGGGUUCGGCAGGGUCUGGAAGAGCUUUACUGGCUGGCUGCCCUGCAGCAGCAGCUGGGCACUGGGGAGGGGCUGGGGUUGAGUACUGAUGAAGCUGUGGAGUUCCUGCAGGGACAGGGACCAGCCCCUGCUGAGGGACCUCUCUCCCACUACCCAGGAAGUUCAGAAGAGAUGGGUGGCCUGAACCCCCAGCUCCCGGGGCUGGCGGAGCGAUUUUCGGAUGCUGCGUUGGUGUCCAUGUCGGUGCGCGAGCUGAACCGGCAGCUGCGGGGCUGCGGGCGGGAUGAGGCUCUUCGGCUGAAGCAGAGGCGCCGCACCUUGAAGAACCGCGGCUACGCCCAGGCCUGCCGCUCCAAGCGGCUGCAGCAGCGGCGCGGGCUGGAGGCAGAGAGGGCCCGCCUGGCCGCCCAGCUGGAUUCCUUGAGAGUCGAACUGGCGCGCCUGGCCCGGGAGCGUGACCUCUACAAAGCCCGUUGUGACAAGAUGUCAGCCAGCGCCCCUGGCCCCGGCCCUAGCCUUGGCCUUGGUCCUGACCCCGGGCGAUCUCCGCGCCCGGUGGACCACGGUCACUUCUUCCUGUGAAGCCCGUCCCUUCUGGGACCACACACUGGAGAGGCGCACGAGGCAGCGUGGCCUGAGCGGUUCCCUUACCCUAACAAUUUGGUAUCUCCUCUUGGCCCGACGUGAACCCCUAGAUGCAUCACAUACGAGGGGGCUUUAUACGUUUUUGUUUACUCAGAAAUAUUUCUUUAAAGGUCUUCCAUUUAGUAUUACU